UAAUCCAGAGCCUGCAAGCUCCCAAGUGCAGGGCAUGGCCACAGACUUGUUAUUUUUCUCUUUUUAAUGACCGCGUUGCCAAAGUGGGGGAAACACAAUCAGCAUUACCUAAACAGCAUCACAGCAUCUCCAGGGCACGGAGGGACCGCCGAGAGGGGGCUGCCCUCGCCGGUGCCUGCUGCCGCCCACGAACCUGCCGCCCGCGCCCUACGCCGCCGAUCGCCCCGCCCUGUCCCCACAGCGGGAAGCGGCGCGGCGAGACGGCGCUGCGGGCGCGGGGCGGGGAUCCGGGUCGGGGCGGAGGUCAGGGAACAGCCUGGCUCGUGGUUUCCCCUGGUGCGGAGGCGAGUUGUGCUUCCUGCGGGGAGAGAGAAGGGCCUUGGGAAGCUGCUCCAUGAGCCACAGCUGUGCCCAGCCCGGAGUCUGUCCAGCAGGAUGUCGAGUGCCACCGUGUCCCUGAGGUCACCCUUUCUGCUGUUGGGAGAGCACGAGGUGGAUGGAGAGGAUCCCCAGGCAUCUGCAGGCACAAGGGACUGGCACAGCUGUGAUUUUCCUCCAGCCCUCGUGAGAGGGACUUUCAGGGUUCCAUGGGUCAUGUGCCAGCUCUCCUGCUGGAGCUUUUGUCUGCUGUAUUUGAACACAAAGAGUAGAACUAAAGUCAGGGAAUAACUCCUGUCAGCAGCAAGGCCCCGACUGAAGUGG